UCAACAUUAUUUAAGUCGAAAGUAGUGAGUCAGCAUACCUACCUACUUUUUUCAAGGGAAGGCUUACUCUCAAGCAAUUAAUAGUGAUAAUCCUUUUAUUUGGGUAUGAGAAAUUCUCUACUUGAAUCAGCAGUAGGAAGUACUAGUAAUCUUUGCCGACAUUCUUUGCAAUAGCUUAAAUAAAAAUUGCUAAAUUGUUUUAUUGUUUUAUUAUUUUUUUUUUGGUGUGUGUAAAUCAAGAUGUUUUUUUUUUUGUAUUCUAUUGCAUCCAACAGAAGGAGGUAAAUUCUGGCAUCAUCGGUUACUUUGAUAAGCGCUUCAAGUCAAAUCCGACACACCAAGCCAAGAAUUGAAAAUUAUGUAGAGUAUGUCAUGCCACAAUACAGUAUUGAUGACUUUCAAGUUCGAUUUCGUUUAAGCAGGACAUCAUUUGAACAAUUAGUUGCAGAACUUUCUACUGCAUUGUCUAUUAGAAGCAAGAAGGUAAAAAUUGGACCAGAAAAACAGUUGCUUAUUUUCUUGAAGUAUCUUUCAUCGCUUCAUACAUUGCAAGAAAUUGCCGACAUAUUUGGUGCGAGUGAAAGCUCUGCUCACGUGAUUAUAAAAGAUGUCGCCAAAAAGAUUAGGAAACAUAUUCAACCGUCUGUGAUCAAAUGGCCAGCCAAGCAACAAAACUCUGCCGAUAUUGAUGAUGGUUUUCAACAGUUAAAAGGAUUUCCAGCUGUCAUAGGGGCCAUUGACUGCAGCCAUAUUCCGAUCAGAACGCCCAAGGAGUAUCCUGAAAAUUAUAUUAAUAGAAAAUGUUUCCCAUCAAUUAUUUUACAGGCAGUCUGUGAAAGUGACUUACGAUUUACAGAUGUAUAUUGUGGCUGGCCUGGAUCAGUUCAUGACGCAAGAGUUCUAAAAAAAUCACCAUUAUAUCAUGAAAUAGAUGAAGACCCUGUCAAGAAAUUCCCUGGAAAUACUCAUAUACUUGGUGACUCUGCAUAUAGCUUAACCACAUGGCUUCUAGUGCCAUUCAAAGACUAUGGUAAUCUUAACGAAAAGUAAAAACGAUUCAACUAUGUGCAUAGUGCCACAAGAAUGUAUAUAGAGCGUGCCUUUGGAGUCAUGAAAGGACGGUUUAGGAGACUGAAAUACAUUCACAUGCUUAAUAUAAAAAAUAUUGUUAAUCUGAUCCUGAGUGCCUGUGCAUUGCACCAAAUGUGUCUUAAUAACAUGGAAGAUAUUAAGGAGUAUCUCCAAGAAGGUGUUACAUUGAAUGAAGAAAUCAACAACUUGCAAGACUUCAUGCCGAAGAACCACAAUACUGAGAUUAAAAAAAGCCAAAUUCUUGAUGCAAUAAAUGAAUGACAUGAAGUUGAGUUAUUGUUAUAUUGGACGCUAGAAAGGAUCUACCUUUCAAAUGGAUUCAGAGCAUUGCUCUCAUCACUGCUAACAAUUUACCAACUAUUUAAGGAUUCUGAAAUAAAACCAGAAACAAAAUAAAAAAUAAAA